AUGUCAACUGAUGUGGAUAUAAGAAAUAACUUACCAAUUAGUGCAGAGCAACAAAGCAUAGUUGAAAAACAGAAUAAUCUUACUAUCGAAAUAAUCAAUACUGUCGAUAAUAACAAUAAUACAAAUUUAGAUAAAGAGCAUUCCGCAGCUGAAACAGAACUAUCGGAACAUUGUGAACACAUUAGUAAAAUAGCAUCCAAAAACAAACGAUAUCAAAUUACCAGAAACAAUGUCAGACCAGACGUGCUUUUACUACUCUUCGUUCUUCUCUUCGGAACAGUAUUUUACACAUGUACAUACCAGGCAAUUUGUAUAUACUUUCAAUCAGUUAAACCUUUAGCUAAUUUAACCAUAAUAAAGGACAAAACUACUGAUGGAUUUGUUGUAAAUACACCAGGUUGUAAAAUUCCAGAUUUCCAUCCCUUUGACAAUCAAGUAAAAAAGUUCAUAAAGAAACCAACAGCGCCAGUUUGUAAUAACGGAACACCUGCUUUGUUCGAAUCAGAUCUUACAUCUGUUUAUUUAUUGAACUCAUCUUUAGCUGCUUAUAACAUUACUGAUAAACAACAACUCAGUUGUUGUUAUAAUGUUUUCUGGAGAGUUGAUGUACCGGAACAUAAUACCGAUAACAAUAUAGUAUAUAGUGAAGAUUGCUACAAUUUUACAGAAAAAGUAUUCAUCGAUUAUGAUUUUAUACGUGUAACAUGUCAAUAUAAAAACAAAAGUAUUUAUAAAGACAUGUUUUCAUUUGUGCCAAUAAGUAGCAUAAAACGUUUGCCAGACACACAGUACCCAGCUCCUCUAAGUGUACUAAUGAUUGGUAUAGAUGCUGUAUCAAGACUGAAUCUUCAUAGACAGCUAGGAAAGACCGUUAAUUAUAUUAAAUCAAUAGGAGCUUACGAAAUGUUAGGCUUUAAUAAAGUAGGAGACAACACUUUUCCCAAUCUUAUGCCUGUACUAACUGGCCAAAAUGAAUCUGAACUGAUAAAAAGUUGUUGGCCCGAAGAACAUGAUCAUUUUGAUAAUUGUUCGUUUAUUUGGAAAGAUUUCAAGCAGCAAGGUUUUGUAACGGCUUACGGUGAAGAUGCUUCCUGGAUGGGUCUUUUUAAUUAUCAAAGACGCGGUUUUCACAAGCAGCCCACUGAUUAUGGAUACAAUUAUUUUAGUAGGCACGUUGAACACGAAAUAGGUAAUGUAGGUUUUAUGAAUGUUGAUUUAUGCGAGGGAGCCAGAUUAGUUUACAAAGAUUUUCAAAAGUACAUAAUAAAAUUCGUAACCACAAUGAGUGAAAAUCAGUUACCCUAUUUCGGAUUCUUUUGGGGGGUAAGUUUGUCACACGAUGAACUCAAUAUGCCUUCACUCGGAGAUGAUGAUUAUUUCAAUCUUUUCAAAAACUUUAAGGACCAGGGUUUCCUUGAAAACACAGCUGUAAUAUUUCUGAGCGACCAUGGAAUUCGGUGGGGUGGUAUUAGAGAAACAUAUCAAGGAAGAAUGGAGGAAAGAUUACCUUUUGUGUUUGUGCUUCUUCCAGAUUGGUUUAAAAUUCAAUAUCCUCAAGCCAUACAAAAUUUGGCUAAAAAUACUAGAAGACUAACUACGCCAUAUGACUUACAUGAAACUCUUAGAGAUCUCUUAAAUCCAUAUAAUAUGACAGAGAAUAUAACACCAAAUGCAAAAGGAAUAAGUAUGUUCAAAGAAAUUAAUGGUGCUAGAACCUGUAAAGAUGCUGGAAUAGUUAGUCAUUGGUGUACUUGCCAACAAAGUGUUGAUGUUAACACCAAAAAUGCCAUAGUUAUUAAAUCUGCAUCCAUUGCUGUGAAUCACAUUAACAAACAGCUUGAAGGAUAUGCCCAAUGUGCAAAUUUGGUAUUAGCUGAGAUAACUAAUGCGAGGUUAAUGACACAUAAGGAAGAAGGACUUACUGGUAUUAACAAAAUCCAAGAUUAUCUAAUUACUAUUAAAACAACGCCAGAAAAAGAAGAAUAUUCUCCACCUAGACAAAGAAAAGUAUCUAGUGCUCCAGAUACCCCUUCACAAAUUACUGAAGAUAUUACAGAGAAUUCUACGGAAGCGGAGAAGGCCAUUGAAGUAACAACAAAACAACCUGAAAAACCACAAGUAAGUAACGAACAAACCAAACGUUAUUUCACUCGUCUUGGUUCAACUAGUUCCUCAGGAGCUACACUGAAGACAAAGAAACCUGCUAUAAAUCCUGCUUUAAAAAAGAAGACUGAAAAGUGA